GUUCAAGAGAAUCAACAGGCUCAAGCGAAGCAAAUUAAUCAACCCCAACCUCUAGUAUCUCAAAAUCAAACGAAGCAAAUUAAUCGUCCCCAACCGCUAGCAUCUCAAAAUACUUCUAUUUCUGCACAAUAUGAGAACUUAACUAAUGACUUAACUAAUGAUAUGAAUCCAUUCUUUAAAGACCAACUAGCAGCACAAAACACAACUAAUGGUAUAGAUCCAUUCAUUGUAAUGCUUUUGUCGGGGCCUUCAUUUCCAUAA